CGCAUCCUGGUUAGCUUGUUUGGUGUUUGGAGUCGUGCUUAUGUUGCGUUUUCGAAUUCGCUCGUCUUCGUUUCCGUCACAAAUGGACCGAACAGUCUACUCGCUUGUUGUUGUCUACGCAUGUCAAGUACCGGCGACUUAUCCGGGACAUCAGGUAUUAUUGGCAGCUCUCGGGACGGUCGUAAAUGCUCUGUGUUCGCUAGUUGUCGGGUCUGUGUACGCCUACAUGUUGUUCAAGAUGCGACGUGAUAACAUGACGUCACGAAAUGAAAAAAUUUGGAAAUUUCGUUUUGUCAUAAUUUCGAUUAUGAAUGUUAUCUGUUGGUGGCCUGCUUUUGUUCUUUACUCGGUGGCGUUUGCAACCGGGAGGUCGGUCUACAAUGGCACGUUCUCGCCAAAGUAUUCGGAGCCUUUUCUUGUUUUGGCGGCUGCUGUGACCGUCGCCAAUCCUGUCUUGUACGUCAUCAUGUCAAAAGAGUUUGUUACAGCCGCAAGAAGAUUUGGCCGCCGUCAUUGUUCCUGCUUAGAUUGUUGCAAUAGAGAACGAAUAAAUCUGAGAAAUGUUACUGGUAUAAAUAUACGUGUGCACGAUACCAUAUCUGAACUCACGGACACCACCGCGUUGCUAGACGAAAACUCUGCAACAAGUGAGCACAGUGAUGGCAGCGAGUCCAACUAGAGAGGUCCAAUAACAAUAGGCUGAUUGCACCUCAUUCUAACGCAUUUGGUAGCACUUGUACGUUACAGACACCAAAACUAUGCAAGCAAUCAUGACAAUAGCUACUUUACAAAAUUAUAUAAAAACUCUCUUUACUAACCACACUUCCUAAUUAAAAUAUUUAGCUUAUAUUUUUAGCUUUUAAACUUUUAACACAGUUUAGCGUUUAUGACAAUUUUUCUUAAUUAGAGUCAAUGUUUUAAGUGUGGUCGAUUUUAAUGUCUUUUCAAGACUUCAUUAAUUAAUUAAGCUGCUGUCUGCCUGAGCUACUGAGUAUCAC